AUGCAGUGCAUCAGUGAGGACAUCCAGCGCUGGGGGACGGAUAGUGAAGUGCUGAUUCUUGGAGACUUCAAUGGACACAUCCAAGAAAUUGAUGGCUUCCUAGACUUCAAUGGGGACCUCAUGCAGCAAUGUACAAGGAGGCGCAACCUAAAUGUAGCAAACCUUCGGCCAGAUUGCGAAGGAGAAUUUACAUGGUGUGCCAGAAACAGUCGUACCUGUAUCGACUGUGUGCUUGUCUCAUCGCGACUGGCGUGUCAAGUCAAGCACAUCAGCAUUGAUGAGGAGGGAGAUUUCAGCAUUGGGAGCGACCACAACAGGAUCAGGCUAACUAUCUGCUCCUCCACAUGGUGCAAAAAAGAGCGAGAACACCGGAAGCCUGGGCAACGAUUCCUACCUGAGGCGGCCUAUGAAGACAUUGCUAAGGAGUUCGACAGCAACCUGCAGACCUCCAAACCUCUUAAGUAUGAAGAGUACAUGGAGGAACUGCAGCGCUUAAUGCGGCAAUACGAAGUUCGCACCAACUCCCGUGGAGGGGUGCGGCGAAAAGGAUGGUGGGAUGAAGAGGUGCGGAAAGCCUUGGAUGAGCGAAAAGCGGCGAACCGCCUGCACAGGAAAGCUGUGAAAACCCUUUCCGCAAGUGAUGCUCUCCAAGCAUGGCAGGAAUACCUAACCUGCAAACAGGCUAUGCAAACAAUUGUCCAGAGCAAAAUCGCCGAGCACAAUAGCCGUCAACUCCAGUCUUUCACAGCGGACGGUCGCAACGGGGCCAGGAAGUUUUGGACCUACGUGUCAUCUCUAGAUGGCAAAGCCAAGGUACCUCAAAUCCGGCACGAGGAUACGGGACAACCAGUAUCUGACAUGGGCAGGCACUUAGCGGAUCACAUGCGUAAACUGUACGAUGUCGGCAGCGGCGAACCGGAGAUUGACUCAAUCGAAUACCACCCCAUAAAUGAAUACCGCCUGAGAAAUAACGUGAAAUGGGAAGUGACCCGUCCAGCUCUAGACCGAGCGAUUGCACGUAUAGGAGCACACACCGCCCGAGGGCUUGAUGGCAUACCUGCGGGGCUGAUCAAAUGCUUCGGGGAGGAGGCAAGGCAGAAAUUGGCGGACAUCUUCUCGGGCAUUAUGACAGGAGAACCGAUACCAGAGGAUUGGCUAUGUGGCCGAGUAAUCCUGGUGCCGAAGAGAGGAGGGGAUGCAGGGCUGCUGCGUGAGUACAGACCACUCACAGUUACAAGUGUUCUAUACCGAACUUUCGCACAAAUCUUAAAGACAUGGAUGAGCGGCUGGGCAGAACACGACGACAAGUUGACUGAGCUACAGAAUGGUUUCCGAAUCAGACGGCGCCUGGAGGUCAAUGUAUUUGUGCUCACACAGGCUAUCGAGAUAGCACGCAAGGAGAAUAGAGGGCUAUACACUUGUUUUCUCAACGUCGCCAAGGCCUAUGAUAGCGUACCGCAUGACCCGCUGUUUCACUGUAUGACACAAAUUGGCAUGCCGAAGACAUGGGUCAGUCUACUGCGCCGACUAUUGCGUGCUUUGCCGAAGCUCAAGCUGAACCAGUGA